AUUCAUGGCAACCAAAUGUCAGUAUUGUAUGUCCCAUUGCCCAUUGCAUGCAUGGGUCGCAGCGCGUUGAUUUGUGACGGUUCACUUUCUCGUUUUGUUGUAAAAAAAAGAAGAAAACAGAUCCAAUUCGGCUUCAAGUUGGACAUCCAAAUAUGUGCCACUCUCCAAUUAGAUACACAUGGCAUGCAUACAGGAGGGCAAACACAACGACACACUCGCACACCACAAAUCGAUGGUAAAAAGUAACGAAAGAGCAUUGCGGUUUAUGCUUAUUUGAGUGAAAAAUGCAGAAAAACUAACCCAUCAUUCACAUACCUACAACAAAAGUAAAAAUUAACCAAAACAAAAGUGAUCCUAAUAAUGAUGGUGUUGCGUUUGUGGAGAAGUGGUCGACAAUUUGAACUAUUCUCUAGUGUGGAUUUGAAUAUGGUGUAGAUAAUGUGACCCCGUGCAAACUUCAUAUAUGUAUAUACAGAGUAGUUUUAAUUGAAAAAAGAUGUAGCAAGAGACGUUUUUGAAGGCUGCAAGUAAACUGUGAUAAAAAUAACUAACCGCGAUUCCACACUCACACAAACUGUCAUAUACGAGUAUAGAAGUAAAUGCCGGAAAGUAGAAUUCCAAAUUAAAUCGAAUAGUUAUGUUGAAUACCGGUAAUCAACAACAACAACAAGCACAGCAGCAACAACAACAACAACAGCCACAACACCAGACACAGACGCAUCCCCAGCAGCAGCAGCAGCAACAACAAACACAACACAUUAUCAACCAACUUAAUGCCCAGAAUUACGAUGCAAAUUUGAACUUUACAACAUUUGCCGAGCUAUGUCGUCUCUGUUCGGUGCGUAAUGGGUCCUCCAAAAUUCACCUGUUCGAAAAGGAAGCUGAACAACGCAAUCUCAUUUACAAAUUACGCCAGCUAAUGCCGGUAAAUAUCGCCAAAGAAGAUUUUUUGCCCAAAAACAUUUGUGAGCGUUGCGUCCAAAAGGUGGAGAAUCUGUACGACUGGCGCCAAACCAGUUUAUACAACGAGAAUAUUUUAAGGAACUAUGCUGAGUCCAUGCGAGCCGUUACAGCAACAAUAAAUUUAAAGACCGCUCCGGCGGAGUGGGAGUUCGUGGGUUCGAGUCCCACCGGCCUGGUCCUUUGA